AUGGUAUUUGGUGGUGGUAAAGUGUGUGCAGCCAUUGGGGGUGUUGGAACUAGAUGGUAUAGUUAUGUCAGGUGUUAUUCUGUGGUGCGUAAACCACUAGAUGUUCUGUUCUUUGGGACCGAUGAAUUUAGUGCCCGAUCCCUUAAUACAUUACAAAAGUUGUCACUGGAACAACCACAGCUGUUGGCUAAGUUACAAUUGGUCACUAGACCGCCCAAAUGGUGUGGCAGACAACAUUCCGUGUUGAAGACUCCGCCUGUGAUAGAGGCAUAUAAGACAGGUUCGCCGUUGUUCUGUGACACUCGACAAGAGAUGCUCGAUGUCCUGAUGCCUUGGUUGAAAGGAUGCUCUGCUAAUCAUGAUAAGAUGUUGGUCGCUGUAUCGUAUGGGAAACUGAUCCCUUCAGAAUUAAUUUCCAUGGCGGAUUAUUCAUUGAAUGUGCAUCCAUCGUUAUUGCCCAGGUAUAAAGGUAGUGCACCUAUUCAGCAUGCAUUAUUAAAUGGAGAUUCGAUGACUGGUGUGUCUGUUCAAACGUUACAUCCUGAAAAGUUUGAUCGUGGUGAAGUUAUCGCAAGGACACCAGAGAUUUCUAUCGACACAUUGUUAGAGAAUGCGACUACUCAUGAGGGGACUUGGAAAUCUGAUACAUUGAUUCAAGAGUUGGGGGUCGUGGGAGCUGCUUUGCUUAGAGAUGUCGUAGUGAAUGGAUCAUAUAUCCCUUCGUCUGACAAGAAAGUUUUGACAACGAAUGAUCAUAUUUAUAAACCCAGUUGGGCACCUACUAUCAAGACAAAGGACAAACAGGUCCUAUGGCAAACAUAUACUGCAGAACAUAUAUCUACAAUGAUUGCUGUGAUUGGUCCAGUGUAUGCAUUCAAGAGAAUACAACAGGGGAAAUUGAGGAAACAAAAGGAUUUGUUCGCCGAUAAGAGAGUGUUAUUCCAUAAAAUAGAGCCUGUUACUUGGCCUGCACAACUGUUGGAACCUGGCCAAUUCGUUUAUGAUCAAGAAAGAAAAGUUAUACGUGUUGGAUGUGCUUUGGGGACACAGUUGGAAGUACUAUCGUUACAAUUCGAAGCAAGCCCCAUUGAGACCAGCGAAGAGUUCACAAGGAAAUUAAGGAAACGGUGUGGUCCGCAAGCAGCAGAACUGACAUUUUUUGCUUAG